AUGGUGCACCGGGAUAUGGGCAGGUUUCCCCGUACAAGAGAUGGGGACGUGUUCGUUGUCCAGCAUCCGAGAGUCACCUUCCUGAAUAUCACACUGACCUCCUCAGACGGCUCUUUAAACGCUAGGGAGCUUUCGGCUGAACUCCGAGCAGCUGUGUUUUUAGCCCUAGAAGAGCAAGAAAAAGUAGAGAACAAAACUCCUCUAGUCAAUGAGAGCCUGAGAAAGUUCUUGAACACGAGAGAUGGCCGGCUGGUGGCUGGUCUUGUUGCAGAAUUUCUUCAGUUUUUCAAUCUUGACUUCACCUUGGCCGUUUUUCAGCCUGAAACUAGCACAUUUCAAGGUCUUGAAGGUCGAGAGAAUUUAGCCCGAGACCUAGGUAUUAUUGAAGCAGAAGGUACUGUGGGUGGACCUUUAUUAUUAGAAGUGAUCAGACGUUGUCAACAGAAAGAAAAGGGAUCAACCAACGGGGAGGGUGCGCUAGAUCUCUCUGAUGUGCAUUCUCCACCGAAGUCACCGGACGGCAAGACGAGUGCACACAGCGGUCCCAGCAAGAUACCAAGGUACACAGGACAAGGUAAGAAGAAGACAAGCAGGCGGAAGUCUGGUGCCAAGAAAGCCAACAGUGAGGCCAGUCAGAGUGACACGAGUCUCUCCUCAUCAGAACCAAAGAGCAGAAGCAGUCUCCACUUGUUGACUCAUGAAACGAAAAUUGGAUCUUUCCUAAGUAACAAAAGUCUAGAUGUCAAAGACAAAGCUGGUCUUUGUCCAGACGGAGAUGAUAUGGAAGGGGAUUCUUUCUUUGAUGAUCCCAUUCCUAAACCAGAAAAAACUUACGGUUGGAGGAGUGAGCCCGGGCCGCCCGCCGGAAGCCUCGCCUCCCUCUCGGACGCGCCCCCCUUGAAGAGCGGCCGCAGCUCCCUGACCGGAGCCCCUGGAGCCCCCGGAGCCCCCUCCUCCGCAGAGGCCGGAAGUAAAAGAGGAAACACGGUUUUGAAAGAUCUGAAGUUGGUCAAUGAUAAAGUUGGAUCGCUUGGAUUAGGGACUGGAGAAGACGACGACUAUGUUGAUGACUUUAACAGUACCAGCCAUCGCUCAGAAAAAAGUGAGCUGAGUAUUGGUGAAGAGAUCGAGGAAGAUCUUUCUGUGGAAAUGGACGACAUCAAUACCAGUGACAAACUUGAUGACCUGACGCAGGACCUGACUGUGUCCCAGCUCAGUGAUGUCGCGGAUUAUCUGGAAGACGUUGCGUAGACACGAAA